AAACAAAACAGACGCCUGAAUUAAAAUUUUUGCGAACUCGUGUACUAACUUUUUUCUUUUGCAAGAUGAGGGUAAAAUCUUUUUGAAAGUUGUAUACUUGUCUUGUAAUAUGCAUGCUAUAGUUUUGUAAAACAUUUAAUAAUGCAAGGUGAAAAUUUGGCUGCUCCUCCAAGUAAUAAUGGAAGUUCACAUACAAACAUCAGCGCUCCUUUGCCUUCUGAUAUCAAUCCCACUGAAAGCAAUAUGUCCAUGAAUACUGAUCAAGAUUCCAAUAUGGUUGAGGGAGAUUAUCCACAGAAAAGAAGAGGUGGCUGGCCUAAAGGUCGAAAAAGAAGGCGCGGACCAAGAGAUAUGAAUGCUCCUAAGCAGCCGCUUACUGGUUAUGUUCGCUAUUUGAAUGAAAAUAGAGAAAAAGUGAGAGGUGAAAACCCUGGAGCCAGUUUUUCAGAAGUAACCAAAAUUCUUGCUUGUGAAUGGAGCAAGCUUCAGUCUCAAGAAAAGCAGAAAUAUUUAGAAGAAGCUGAAAAAGAUAAGGAACGGUACAUGAAAGAGUUAGAGCAGUACCAGCAAACAGAAGCGUACAAAAUAUUUAAAAAACAACAAGAAAAAAAACGAAAAGAAUAUGAAGAUGGAGAUGGAUCAUACUACACAUCUUCAGCAGUUGAUCAAAUGCAUGAAUCUCAUCACGAUGGUGAAGCACCUGGGUUUGACAUCCCUAUUUUCACUGAGGAGUUUUUGGAUCACAAUAAAGCACGAGAAGCCGAACUACGUCAACUCAGAAAGUCAAAUACUGAGUAUGAAGAACAGAAUGCAAUCCUAACAAAACAUAUUGAAAAUAUGAAAUCAGCUGUGGAGAAGCUUGAAGUGGAGAAUUCUCAGCAGCGUAGCAAUAAUAUUGCAAUGCAGCAGCAUUUGGAAGCUUUGCGCAACAUGUUAUUAGAUAAUUUUUCCGAUUUUCCUUUGCCAAUUACCAAUGAAGUUCCUACGCCUGAAUCAAUCGACAGCUACAUGGCUCAACUUCACAGCAUACUUGAAAAUCCAGCUGAAAAUGAAACUUUGAUAACUAAAGCGAGAGAAAUCCUAAGCAAAUUAGAUUAUCCAUAAGUUGAAAGGAACAUCCAGCUAUACAUUUCAGCUAUCAUCUUAUCUCUGUUUAUUUGAAUUUAUUUGAAGGCAGCCCUGCCGGCAAACUGCCACAUAGGAUGCAUUCCCCUGUGAUCUACCCCUCUCUUUUUGUAAGGCAGUUUUGGUUUUGAGUGAAAUUAUUAUAACUGCUACACACAAGGAUAUUUUUCAUAAUUCAUUUUGUCUAUCAUUGGUCAAGUACAAUCAUGCUUUUGUAACAACUGUAUUUAUUCAUUUGAGGGGGGUAUUUAACUAUUAAAUUUUACCACUCCUUUUUAUGUGUACAAUAUUUUUACAUAGGUAGUUCGAAAGCCUGACUGUAAAAACAACCCAAGUUUUAAUUUAUUUUUUCAAAAAGCUGGUGUCUAACGGAAGCCAUUCAUUUUAUAAAACUGCCCAUUGCAAACAUAUUUCAGUCACACAAAAAGAAAACACAGAGGCUGAAAUUUUGAACGAGCCCUUUUCAAAAUGACCAAUUUAGAUAUGCUUUCCUACCUGUUCAUGAUAUAUAAAGAUGCGCCAUCUUUACAUUAAUGACAUGUUACUUUGCAUAAAAUGUAUGUGUAGCGCAAUAUAAAUGUAUAUUAUGUCUUUGCUAAAUACUACCUUAAUUUGUUUAGCAUCCUGAAAUGUGAUUGCUAUUGCAUAUUGUGCAUUAAAGUAGAUAUGGCAUUUAUAAUUAACAAACCCAAUGCUUUUUUUGUACCUGUAUGUG